UCCCCCGCGCGCGCCAGGUUUCCUGCCCCAAGGCGAGCUUGGGUGCCCCCUCUGGCAGGAAGUGGGGCCGGGUGCACCCUCGUGGCGGUGCAUGCGGUCGGGGUGCACCGGUUUCCCGCGCCUGCGAAAGCGGCCUGCGCCCCUCCCCCCGCGCUCUAGCCCCCAGUCCCGGCGGCCGACCUGCAACCGCCGGGCGCAGACACUUGCAGAGUCACCCUGGGCCCCGGGUCUGCAGCAGGCACGACAGGGACUUUACCAGCCCCCAGACGGCAUCCCAGCCGUCGUUCCUCCACCUGCUCUGCCGACAAGGGAAGAUGAGCGAGUCGAGCUCGAAGUCCAGCCAGCCCUUGGCCUCCAAGCAGGAAAAGGACGGCACUGAGAAGCGAGGGCGGGGCAGGCCGCGCAAGCAGCCUCCGGUGAGUCCCGGGACGGCGCUGGUAGGGAGUCAGAAGGAGCCCAGCGAAGUGCCAACACCUAAGAGACCUCGGGGCCGACCGAAGGGGAGCAAAAACAAGGGCGCUGCCAAGACCCGGAAAACCACCACAACUCCAGGGAGGAAACCAAGGGGCAGACCUAAAAAACUGGAGAAGGAGGAAGAGGAGGGCAUCUCGCAGGAGUCCUCAGAGGAGGAGCAGUGACCGUGCCGUGCCGCCCGCUCCCUCACCGAGGAGCAGUUUCCUUCUGGGACUGGACAGCUCCGCUCCGCUCCCACCGCCCCCACCCCUUCCCCCAGGCUCUCGUGUCACCGCCACCCACCUGCGCCCUCACCACCACACUACACAGCACACCAGCCGCCGCCGCGGGGCCCCCGGGGCCCGAGUCGGGAGCAGUUUCCUUUGAUUUCAGGUCCCAGCGACCCCUGACCCACGCGCCUGACUUCCCACUUAGCUGUUCCCGCGCUGCUGCAUCCCCACUCCCUCAGCGUGGGGACCUUGCUGGCUGGGCUCUUGGUUUCGGGGUCCCUUCUAAUCCCCGACUCUUCCCUCUGGCUUCCCAUUAAGGGGCCUGGGAGGGCUCCCCUGGCCUUAAAAAGGGGCGCAAGCCCCAUCUCAUUCUGACAUGCCCCACUCCCACUGUACUAGCGGCAGCAGGUGUGGCCACUGGAGAGGGGUGAUUGGCCUCAGAUGGCCCCAACCAAGCUGUGUCUCACCAGGGGUGGCUUACACCCCCUUUGCUUCCUUCCCACCUUGCCUAGUCCCUGCAGGAGGUUGGGCCGCCCCCUUGGCACAGAAAGGCAGGCAGGAGGGGUUUAAGUUUAAGCUCCCUCCCCGCUCUAAGCAGGCUCCAACCUACCUUGCCCUCACGCUGGAAUCCAGUGCAGUGGUGAAAAUGCAGAGUCACCUUUAUCCAGGUGAGGCCCAGGAGGCCUGCCUGGGCUCCUGGUGGUAGCCACUUAAGGCGGGCUAGAGCCACUCCCUGUCCCUGUCUGCUUCCACUCUAGACCUGGGUUUCCCUUCCUUCCCUCACUCGGGGCACUAAUAACAAGGAGCUAGCCUUGCCCACUCCCACCCUCUGCUCCUCCCCACCCCCCAAGGUUCUGGUUCCAUCUUCCCUCUGUUCACAAACUACCUCUGGACAGUUGUGUUGUUUUUUGUUCAAUGUUUCAUUCUUAGACAUCCGUCAUUGCUGCUGCUACCAGCGCCAAAUGUUCAUCCUCAUUGCCUCCUGUUCUGCCCACAUUCCCCUCCUCCAAGAUGCUCUUAGGGGAAGGGGCCUGGGGCAAAGCAGGCUGGGUUACCGACUACCCCAGUCCCAGGGAAGGUGGGGCCCUGCCCCUAGGAUGCUGCAGCAGAGUAAGGAGGGGGGCCUGUGUUGACCGUCGGGUGUAGGGGCCACCUUCUCCCCCUGUUCUGUCAGGGAGGAGGUAGCCAUUAUUUGUCCCAGCCUGGGCCCCCUGCUCUGGUUUCCUAUUUGCAGUUAC